AACCCCAUGAUCUUGACGAACAUCCUGUCGUCGCCUUACUUCAAAGUGCAGCUCUACGAGCUCAAGACCUACCACGAGGUGGUGGACGAGAUCUACUUCAAGGAUUGACUCAGUCUUGCAGCGAGGCUCGGAGCAGCCCAGGGUCGCAGGUAGAGGUCACACAUGUUGAACCAUGGGAGAAAGGAAGCAGGAAGACAGCGGGCCAAACAGGGAUGUGCGGAGGGGUUCGCGAGGUGUUAACAGGAGGAAUUGUUUCUACAGCUUUUUGCCUGUUAUACAAAUUAUUUACUCUGAAGUUAACUCGCAAGCAAGUGAUGGGUCUCAUAACCCACACAGACUCUCCGUAUAUUAGAGCCCUCGGAUUUAUGUACAUAAGGUACACACAGCCCCCUACAGAUCUAUGGGAUUGGUUUGAGUCCUUCCUUGAUGACGAAGAGGACCUAGAUGUGAAGGCUGGCGGAGGCUGUGUAAUGACCAUUGGAGAAAUGUUGCGGUCUUUUCUCACAAAACUGGAGUGGUUUUCUACCUUGUUUCCAAGAAUUCCAGUUCCCGUUCAGAAGAAUAUCGAUCAACAGAUUAAAACCCGGCCGAGAAAAAUCAAGAAAGAUGGGAAGGAGGGCGCUGAGGAAAUAGACAGACAUGUUGAACGAAGGCGUUCAAGGUCUCCAAGGAGAUCACUAAGCCCACGGAGGUCCCCAAGAAGAUCAAGAAGUCGAAGCCAUCAUCGGGAGGGCCAUGGGUGUUCUAGUUUUGAUCGAGAAUUAGAAAGAGAGAAAGAACGCCAGCGUCUAGAGCGUGAAGCCAAAGAAAGAGAGAAAGAAAGGCGAAGAUCCCGGAGUAUUGAUCGGGGCUUAGAUCGCAGGCAUAGCAGGAGAAGGGAAAGGCAUAGAAGUCGCAGUCGGAGUCGUGAUAGGAAAGGAGACAGAAGGGACAGGGAUCGGGAAAGAGAAAAAGAAAAUGAGAGGGGUAGAAGGCGCGAUCGUGACUAUGACAAGGAAAGAGGUAAUGACCGAGAAAAGGAGCGAGAGAGAUCAAGAGAACGGUCCAAGGAGCGGAGAAGUAGGGGCGAGGUGGAAGAAAAAAAACAUAAAGAAGACAAAGAUGAUAGGCGGCACAGGGAUGACAAAAAAGAUUCCAAAAAAGAGAAAAAACACAGUAGAAGCAGAAGCAGAGAAAGGAAGCAUAGAAGUAGGAGUAGAAGUAGGAAUGCAGGGAAACGGAGUAGAAGCAGGAGCAAGGAGAAAUCCAGUAAGCACAAGAGCGAAAGCAAGGAGAAGUCAAAUAAACGAAGUCGGAGUGGCAGUCAAGGAAGAACUGACAGUGCUGAAAAAAGAAAACGAGAGCGGAGCCCCAGCAAAGAUAAAUCUAGAAAGCGUAGCGGCAGCAAAGAACGUGCCCACAAACGGGAUCACAGUGAUAGCAAGGACCAGUCUGACCAACACGAUCAGCGAAGGAGCCAAAGCGCAGAACCAGAGAGCCAAGAAAAACCACAAAAAAACAAAGACGAGACUGUGUGAACAUGCUUUGUGAAAGUGGAUCACAUUGAAUCCUAUAAAUCUUUGAUUAAAUCUGCUUUUUCCCCUCCCGAGUUGAGAUUGUUGCGGUAGUGCGUAGUCUUCAAGCUCCCGUAGGCUGCAUUUUCAUUUCCUCUUUUGUUUAGGGAAGUGCCUUUGUAAUCCCAUUUAUUGCAUUGAUGUUUUCACCCAAUUGUUGAGUUUGAUACAUGAUGCACAGAUUGUUCUUGCAUUUUUACUGUUUAGUUUUUGAAAUGUACAGUCUGUACAUAUGUCCUGAAAAUGUUUUACUUUCUUUGGCAUGGUUGCCAUGUUGGUUAAAUUUGUAUAAGGCAAUAAACUGCCACUAAUUCUAUUUUUGUUUGUAGGUGUGGGAUUAUGGUUUGUGUACUGAAGUUUAGCAUGGCUGUGCUUUUCGUAAUAGAAUGCUAAAGACUUUGACAAUGGAUCUUGGAUGUUUGUUAUAGGAAAAUGCUUUCGAUGUACAUGAAGGCAGCAGUUGUAGGAUUAACAUUCUUGUCCACUGUAUAUUAUCUUGGAAGACUCUUGUUAAUAUGUUAUACUUAAUAUUCUCCACAGUAACUUUAGAGAGAAUUUAUGAGUAGUUUCUGAUACAGAGGUUUAAAUUAGGCUGUGAUGUGAUCAAAAGUCCUUUUAGCAUUCUACCUCAAAGGGACACUGUUAGUAUGCCUAAAAUUUAUUCACGUAGUUUUUUUAAUUGAAAAAAUACAUGACAUGUAUCUUUUUUUAAUUUCUCAGAUUUUAAAGUACUAUAUUAAAGGGAAAAAAACGUCUAAAGCCCAGCAUUCUUGCAGCAACCCUGUACUAACAUGAAAUUGGGAGAGGGUGGGGCAGAUGAGUAGAGAACUAGAUUCAAGCCUCAAGCUUCCAAAGCAUUUUUAUAAAUGGAAAAUACUUAAAUUAUAAAACAGCUUGAUAUAGUGUCCUUUUUUUAAAAUUCAAAACUUUUUUAUUGAUAAUGAAGAUUGCUGUUUGAGUUUUUAAACUUAAUGUAGAACAGAGAAGUAUUAAAAGUAAUGCUAUGCUGCAUUAUUUAAGAUUAUUGGCAAAUUAUUUGAUAGAUUGUUCUUAUUACUUGUAUUCUGAUUACAGAGAAGGAUCAUGAGUGUGGAAUAAAUACUGGAUUAAAUCCUU